AAAUGACUAAACGCAGGAAUUGACCGGGCGCACACAUUCAAAGUCUCAACUCGCAAGUAAAAGAACAGAAAAAUGGGCACAUACCAAGUGAAGUGCCCUCUGACUUAGACCCACCGUUGUAGUGUUGAUUAUCACUUUUUCUUCUUCCUUUCUUCUUCAAUAAAUCUGCAACAGCUAACCCAUUUUCGAUCCCCCGUUACUGCCAAUCCAAUAGCAUCACACCCACAAGCACAAGCACCAAAUGUGGAUAUGAGUGAAAGAUAAAGAGAAAGAGAAAGUAACACAGAAACAUUAGACAUAGCUCUACUCUCCGUUAAUGGAGCUUCAAGACCAACCCCAUCUCUCUGAUUAUGACACUACUGCUCCCACUUCACAUGACCAUGGUUCCACCACCUCCUCCACUGCUGCACUCAAGUUGCAGAAGGUAUACAAGAGCUACCGUACUCGGCGCAAGUUAGCUGACUCCGCUGUGGUUGUGGAGGAGCUCUGGUGGCAGGCUUUGGAUUUUGCAAGGCUGAAUCACAGCACAAUUUCCUUUUUCGAUUACGUGAAAAAUGAAACUGCUGCAUCUCGCUGGAGCAGGAUCCGCUUGAAUGCUUCCAGGGUUGGAAAAGGUUUAUCCAAGGAUGCCAUGGCUCAGAAGUUGGCUUUUCAACAUUGGAUUGAAGCAAUUGACCCAAGGCAUCGAUAUGGGCAUAACUUGAACUUGUAUUAUGAAGAGUGGUGCAAAGGAGAUGCAGGGCAGCCAUUUUUCUACUGGUUGGACGUUGGAGAUGGCAAAGAGGUUGAACUAAAACAGUGCCCAAGAUCAAGGCUUAGGCGUGAAUGCAUUAGAUACCUUGGACCACAAGAGAGGGAACACUAUGAAUACAUUAUUGUGGAAGGGACAAUUGUGCACAAACUAUCUGGGGAUUUACUUGAUACAAAUGGAGAUUUGGAAGGUUCAAAGUGGAUAUUUGUGAUGAGCACCUCUAAACGACUUUAUGCUGGUCAGAAAAGGAAGGGAUUAUUUCAUCAUUCCAGCUUCCUGGCUGGAGGGGCCACUUUAGCUGCUGGAAGGCUUAUGGCAGAAGGUGGAAAGCUCAGGUCUGUAUCAGCAUACAGUGGACAUUACCGCCCAACUGAUGGAAACCUCAGUAGCUUCUUGGUUUUCCUCAAGGAGCAUGGAGUUAACCUUGAUGGAGUUCAGGUACUUUCCCCUACUGAAGAUCUUGGGGGUGAUGAAACCAGCAAAACAGUUGAGGAAUUAAGUAAAACUGGACUCUCAGCGGAUGCUGAACUACCCAAACUCCAGGCUCCCAGUGAUGAGAAAAGCAAGGCCUCUGAACCAUCUAAAUUUGCUCAAAUUGUAAGGAUAAGCAGCUACAAAAGGUCCUUAUCUGGUAAUCUGCAGAGUCCAAGAAUGAGAGUACCUAAGAAAGACAUAUUGCAGAGAAUGAAGUCCAAGAAGGAAGACUCAUACCAACUGGGGGACCAACUGUCUCUAAAGUGGUCAACAGGAGCUGGCCCCAGAAUUGGAUGCGUUGCGGACUACCCCUUAAAAUUAAGGGUACAAGCCUUUGAGAUGGUUGAUCUCACACCCAAGGACCCUUCCAGGCAAUUAGCAUCCAAACUAGUUGAUAAUCUCACUUCACUCGGAAGUUCUUGUAAACUGAUGUGAGCUCAAAAGUGAAGCCCCCGAUCCCUGAACAAUGCUUUUUCAGUUUAUCAUCUUAAA